AAGUUUUGUUUUUGUUUUCAUCAGCAGCGAACGCAGACGUGCGAUAGGUCUGGAGCAAAACAACUGCGUUUCGUGUUUAAAUAUAGUGGAUGCAACGAACUUUGUGCUGUUCUAUUUUUUGUUCUGUUUUGUUUUAAUAAAUUGAGUUCAGUUAAUGACAAACCAUGAACCUAGCUGUUGGAAAUGAUUCACUGUUGGACAAUGCCUUCAAACAGGCAGGAGUUAGUAGAAACAAUGGCGUCUUUGAAAAGGUAUUAGCAAUGAUUAUCUUGGGAUUUGGUAGUUUUAUUUCGGGAAUGCUGCCUGCAAUCAUAUCUGAACGUAACCGAUCACGUUUUCCAUUGGCCAUCUCAAUGCUGCUUUGUUUUGGAGCAGGAGUUUUAUUAGCCACUGCCUUGGUUCACAUAUUGCCUGAGGUGAGAGAACAAAUGAACUCGAAAUUCGCGGAAGUGACCAUGUGUGGCGGAUUCUUCAUCAUUUAUUUUAUUGACGAAUUUAUACACUAUUUCUUUGGAGAGGCAAUCCAACAUACCCACGGACAUGACCCAUCAGGACCCGGACCCUCAUGCGACUCUAAUAGUUACGGUGCCAUAAAUGAGCGUGCUCCCCUGCUAGGCGGGGCCCACGCUUCGACUAGUUUACAUCAUCCCCCAGAUGAGGGAAACAAUGGUUAUGGGACUUCCGCUUGCGAUGAAGAACAAGUAGAAGUGGCAAAUGCCAGCAUUUGCCACACUAGCCACACGGAGCCGUGUGUCGAAUCCAUCACUGGUACCUUGGGCCUUUUAGCCGCCUUGUCCUUGCAUUCGGCCAUCGAGGGUCUGGCUAUUGGAGUACAGAAUUCGGCCACAAAGGUACUUUUUCUGUUGGGUGCCGUUGCCUGUCACAAAUUCGUUAUGGGCUUUUGCCUGGGAUUGACAGUCCGUAUGAAUGGCCCGUCUAGUCUACGCUCUCAAUUUAUUGGCAUUUCGGUGUUUGCUUUGGGCGCCGUUUGUGGUAUUGCAUUGGGAAUGUUCAUUGCAGAUAUACCCACAGGAUGGUCUCAAACCACAUUGCCCAUUAUUCAAGCGUUAGCUGGUGGCACUCUUUUGUAUGUCACUGUCUGUGAAGUGAUGCCGCGAGAGAAGGCACGCUGGCACUCGAAUAAUCAGCGACGCUGGGCAGGAUUUGCGCAAUUUAUUUCAGUUACCAUUGGCUUUGCCAUCAUGUGCAUUAUAAAUUAUUAUCUAGCUGACGAAUGACGAUUGGGAUUUGAUAAUCUUCUCCUAACUUGUCGCGAUUGCGUUGACACAUUGUGUUCCUUUUUUUUUUUUUAAAUAUUUGUUCAAUUUUUAGUUUAAAUCGAAUGCUAUUAUUUGUUUGCUUUUACGCUUAGGCUAAUGAUUUUGUAUGUUUGUAAUGUGAAUAUUCGUUUAAGUGAUUUAAUUAUUAUAAAUAUAGGUAUAUAUUAAGAACUGCAACACUAAAGAUUAAAAGGGAAUGUCCAUAAACCUCGGGUCGCCCAUUUUCGUGACAAUUUCGGAACCCCCCCUCCACCCCUUAGCAAAACGCUUAGUUUAUGGACGGUCCCAUAGAUGAUAAACUAAACUUAAGGCCAUUUAAAUUAGUUGACCCAGAAAAGACGAUCCAUUAAUCCCAUUUCCGAAAUGAAACACUUGCUAAUUCAAUAUAAUGUCUACAUUUAUAUGUUGCAUACUCCAAAAGUA